GUUAAAGAUUUGUCAGAGUGACGCGACGUCUUAGUAUAAAAGCGUAGUGUACAGCAACUCCACAAGUCAGUUAAGGUCGAACUGUUGGUUCCAGUACUCCUAAGAAAGAGCUCUGUGUAUCUGUGUCAGUUGCUUCUGCGUGUAAAUCCAUCGCAAAAUGGCCAAGCUCAUACUGUACGUUUUCAUCGCCUUGUUGGCUACGACUUUAGUCGUGUCAGCUCCUGAAUCCUGCGGAAGACACGGCGACCAGUGCGUCAGCGACAGAGAAUGCUGCAAUAACAUAAAGUGUCACAGGUACGCGAACAGGUGUCAAGUACAAAUCACGGAAGAGGAGCUGAUGGCUCAACGCGAGAAGAUCUUAGGCAAAAAGGGCAAAAGCUAUUAAGGGAACAACGAUCGUUGAUAUUGUAAAAUCCCCAAAGUGAAAAAAGAAAUGAAAAAUAAAUGGAACGAACGGGUACAGAAAAUCUUUAAGUGUUUCCUGUACGAUCACGGUUUUCGUUGCUAGAAAAUUG